AAUAUCCAUUCAGCCGGCGGAUUUCAGAUCUGGGGUCAGAUUCGUCCCAGUCUAUAAUCAAUCAUCAUCAUCCUCUUAUUGGUCUGUCACCGCAAGACAAGGAACUUCUACAACUGCUGCUGCAACUUUACCGCAUAGACUCCCGUUUUCAUCAACAAUUGACUGACAUCGAUGAUGGAUCGACAUGGACAAAGAUCAAUGAUUCUUGCCCAGUUUGUCAUGGCCGUCCUGGUCGCUGUUGUCGCCACCGAGGAUGACGAUUCAGUUAAACUGGAGAAGGUGUCGGUAUUGAGCGGGAGGACAGCCGAAUUGCCGUGCGACAUUACACCGCCAACUCUCGACUCCCUUUACCUCGUCCUGUGGUACAAAAACAACUCAGACUUUCCUAUUUACAAGUACGACGCUCGGCGUUCGCGAGAGAGCUACCGGCAGCAAGAAACUCAACGCGACAACCAGAUGUUUUUGUUGCAGCAACAACAGCAGCACGGCCAAGAAUCAUCGGCCGGCCGAAUUCAUUUCCAAUUCGACAGUCAUCCCGCUCUUUUAUUAUUGAGCAAUGUGGGCGAUCCUGACGAGGGCGACUAUCGAUGCAGAGUUGACUUUGGUCGCUCACCAACGCGCAACGUUCUCGUUCAGCUCACGGUUGUCGUGCCUCCGCAAAAAAUCCGCAUCAUCGAAGACAACCGACAAGUCUCGUCCGUCAUUGGUCCUUACGACGAAGGAGACCAACUCUCGCUCAACUGCAUCGUGACUGGAGGUCGACCACGUCCAGAGGUGAGCUGGUGGCUGAACGACAUAUUAGUGGACCACACUUACAUGGCCACGUCGGAGAAUGUCGUCCAGAAUAUCCUAGUGUUCCCGCAACUGGAACGACAUCAUUUGCACGCCAUUCUACGAUGCCAGGCGUCCAACUAUUUCGGUGUCCACAACAAUACGCCGCCCUUUGCCGUUCAAUCUUACGGGUACAAAAAGCAAAACCCGAAACACCAGCAUUCUUCAUCGUCUCAUCAUUCCAGACAUGCACAGCACACGAUUGUGUCCAGCGUUCAACUCGAUCUCAACCUUCGGCCGUUGUGGGUGUUGAUCAACGGCGUGGAAAAGCCACUAUCGGUCGGCAAAUCCUACACGUUCGAAUGUAUCACUGGCGGAUCUCGUCCCUCCGUCAACGUUCGCUGGUAUCUUCACUCCAUCCAGCAGCCAGCCAAGGAGCGGAUAACGAUGGACGGUAGCAACACAACGAGCACCUUGAAGCUGAUGCCUACGGCCAAGGACCAUGAUGCUGAACUGAUCUGCUUGGCCAUCAAUCCGGUUUUGGCCGUCAGAAACGGCAGCAUUGAAAAUAAUGGGACCAUUUCUUCCGUCGAGACCCGCCGGAAACUCGUCGUACACUUUGCUCCGACGGCAGAACUGGAACUGGGACGCAAUCUGAAACCGGACUCGAUAGCUGAGGGCAAUGACGUCUACUUUGAUUGCCGCAUUCGCUCCAAUCCACCACCGCUGCGCUUCUUAUGGACUCAUGAGGGACAGACCAUACGAGAAAACGCAGCUGCUGGGGUUAUCAUUGUGGAACAAAGUUUAGUUAUCCGGCGAGUCUCUCGCUCUCAUUCCGGUCGCUAUUCCUGCACAGCGGUCAACACCGAAGGCAGUGGAGUCAGCAACACCGUCCAACUUCGCGUCAUGUUCCAGCCGGUCUGUCGUCCAGGUCAGAAAAUCUUGUACGGAGUGGUCAAACAUGAAAUGGUCGUCGUCCAGUGCCAAACAGACGCCAUUCCACCGGCCCAUUCGCACCGGUGGGAGUUUAAUACCUCCCUGUCAGACGUCGUCGAGUUACAGGACAAUCAAAUGUUUCAAACAACCAGCCCUACUGAUGAAGGUGCAGAGGGGGACGGGACGAGCGUCAUUUCCUACUCGCCACAAUCGGAUCGCGAUUACGGCAGCCUCAUCUGCUGGGCGCGCAACGUGAUUGGCGAGCAACGGGAGCCUUGCGUCUAUCGCAUUUUCCUCGGAGUGCGUCCGGAUCCACCGAGCAAUUGUUCGGUGUUGAAUCAAACGGCUGAGGCGGUGGAAGUUUGGUGCCGGCCGGGAUUCGACGGUGGUCACCCGCAACUGUUUCAAUUCGAAAUCUUCGAUACGCAGUCGGCCGUUCUCCUUUACAACAAAUCCGGACGGUAUCCGCAUUUGCGCGUCGGCAACCUCGAAUCCGGAAUCAAGCUCUUCAUUCAAGUUUCGGCAUUCAAUCAACGGGGUAGGUCGCCACUUGUCCCUUUGGAGGCAUACACCAUCAAAAUCGCUGACAAACAAACAGUUAUUAUGGAGACAAGGGACUGGGCUUCGAUUCUGGGUAUUGCUAGCGGCGUGUCUGCCACGAUCCUGAUUGUGUGCAUCGCCAUAGGACUGACUGCCAGGUUCCGGCGACAAAAUCAACAACCGAACCACGAACGUCAUCAUCCCAUUAAAAUGGAUAGAAUAAAUGAUACGACGAUGACUGUCAACGCUAACGCGGGCGAUGAGCUUCAACAUAAUAAUGAAGAUCCCGAUAUCAUCAUUAAUAGUAAUUCUGUUCACGAACAGCAGUUUCCGGAGCACCUCAAUCACGCCUCUGCAUCAUCACCUUAUCGUAGAACUGAAGCAGCAGAUUGGACUCAACGGGAAAAUGAAUCUACUCACAUAAACUAUUGUACCCAUUCGGAUAUCGACAAGCCCAUCGUCGUUGGAGUUCAAUAUUAUCAUUCGCUCAACAGACAAGAGGAAACCGGAAAGCCUUGGAUGACCGACGAUCUGGACACUAUCGUCUCCGUCAAAACCCCUUAUCGACAGAAACAAAUUCCUGUUCAUCUUUUGUAACCGGCAGGACCCACAUUUCGACUAUGCGUUGGUUGUACACGUAAACAAGCCAGCUGCAUGCUCAGCUACCGGAGAUUAAAUUACUGGUACGGUUGAGCAAUAAUCGUCCAAGAUCAACAUAAUUUCGGAUUAUUUCGGACUGUUUCUAAGCGCCACUGGAGUUCAACAUCCGCAUCCCGCAACGGCAAACGUCUAGAAACCAACAAAAUGAAGAGCGAAACUGCGCAAGUCGAUAUCAACUUUUUCUUUGGCGGAACAAACCUCAAUCACAUUCCUUCAAAGAGCUGGGAUUUACUGUAGAAAUUGGACUUGCGCACAUACCUCAGCAGUCGACCAAAUUCUAUUGACUCCAUUCAACGGCCCAUCACGUUGUCACAACGCACAUUGAUUUAAUGAUUUCUAUAUUGUAUGGAAAGAAGGGCGGUCCUGUAUCAUCAUCAGAUAUUAAAUUAUCGACAAGUUUGUUUGAACUAUGGGGCCUU